CGUUCUUAUCCGUUCUUACGACAACUCCUUUCAGUGCCUUACCCACCGUGUAGUGAUUACCAGUACAAAACUAUAACAUUAAUUCGACGAGGAGACUUGUCGAUUAUCUCAGAGGACAAGGCGAAGUUAAACACAGACCUGAUGCUAGGUACAAGAAUAUUCUUCUCCACCAGACGUACGUUCGCUUCUGCUGCAGCUGCCGUAAUGGCGCAGCUGAAAAUAGCUAUUAUUGGGCAGAGUAAUUUUGCCGCUGAUGUUUACAAAUUACUUCGGCAGAACGGUCAUCAAAUAAGCGGUGUUUUCACCAUACCUGAUAAAGGAAAUCGUGAAGAUCCUUUGGCUGCCAUAGCAAACGCUGACAAUACCCCAGUGUUCAAAAUUAAAGCAUGGCGAAGUAAAGGAGUUCCGUUGCCCGAAGUCCUGGAGAUUUACAAAGGACUUGACGUCGAUCUGAACGUUCUACCUUUCUGUAGUCAAUUUAUACCCAUGGAAGUUAUAAACCACCCCCGUCACCAAAGUAUCUGUUAUCAUCCUUCCAUAUUACCACGACAUCGCGGUGCGAGUGCAAUCAGCUGGACGCUCAUUGAAGGCGACAAGGAAGCAGGUUUCUCAGUUUUUUGGGCUGACGAUGGCCUCGACACCGGGCCAAUUUUACUCCAACGUUCUUGCCCUUUAGAGCCCAACGACACUCUGGACACAAUUUACAACAGAUUCCUUUACCCGGAAGGAGUGCAGGCGAUGGCUGAGGCUGUAAAUCUAGUCGCUAAUGGUACAGCACCUAAAAUUGCACAGACAGAAGAAGGUGCUACGUACGAAGCGAUGCUCAACAAAAAGGAAUUACAACAGGUGGACUGGAAAAAAUCGGCCGAUGGUGUUCACAACUUUGUCCGAGCGUUGGACAGCACGCCUGGAGCAUGGACAUUGGUCAACGGCGAAGAAGUCCGUCUGUUCGGUUCUUCCUUGUGGACUGGAUCGAAGCCGGAAGGUGAGAAGGUGGAUAUAGACGGCCGAGACGGUGUCAUCCAUAGCGGUGGGCUCUUGGUAUCCUGCUCGGAUGGCGCAUUUAUCAACAUUGAAAGACUAAAAAUUGGGAGCCGGAUGUUGCCUGCUAGCAAAUAUGGAAAAGCAGCGGACGAGAUUCGAUCGAUGGAAUUCACCGAAGAGGAAAAAAAGAACAAUGACACCAUCAAAACGAUAUGGCAGAAUAUAUUGAAAAUAGACGUCGACGCCGAUACCGACUUUUUUGCUUCCGGUGCCGGAAGUAUGGAUGUCGUCAGACUCGUCGAAGAGGUCAGGGAGAAUGUCGGUGUACCGAUUCAAAAUACUGACGUAUUUAUGGGGCCGACUUUCCAACAAUUUACCGUCACCGUUGCUUUGGUUGGUCGCGGCGCAACGGCAUCAAAGAACGUUAAAUAUGAUGCUGUCGAAAUCCAGACUAACAACAUGGACCUGAAAUUCCCAAGACAGUUAUUCAUCAAUGGAGAGUUCGUGAAUGGCGAGGGAAAACCCUUGGACACAAUUAAUCCUCACGAUGAGACCGUCAUUUGUUCGGUAGAAAAUGGAUCCAUCAAUGAUGUAGAUAGAGCAGUUAAAGCCGCCAAGGCAGCCUUCGAGGAUGGCGAGUGGAGCAAAAUCAGUGCCAGAGAACGCGGUGCCUUACUCUUCAAAUUGGCAGAUUUGAUGGACCAGCAUAAAGAGGAAUUGGCGACAAUAGAGAGCAUUGAUUCCGGCGCUGUUUAUACAUUGGCACUGAAAACCCAUGUUGGUAUGUCAAUAGAAACUUGGCGGUACUUCGCCGGUUGGUGUGACAAAAUUCAGGGUUCAACAAUUCCGAUUUCUCACGCUCGACCUAACCGGAAUUUAACGCUCACGAAAAAGGAACCCAUCGGUGUUUGCGGUCUGGUGACACCCUGGAAUUAUCCUCUGAUGAUGCUUUCUUGGAAAAUGGCUGCUUGCCUUGCCGCGGGCAAUACGGUGGUAAUGAAACCAGCUCAAGUAUCUCCUCUGACGGCUUUGAAGUUCGCCGAGUUGUCCGUCCUCGCGGGGAUUCCCCCUGGAGUAAUAAACAUCGUUCCGGGAUCCGGUUCAGUGACUGGAAACGCGAUUGUAAAGCAUCCACUGAUCAGAAAACUGGGAUUCACUGGUUCGACGGAAGUAGGACAGGUGAUAAUGCGAAGUUGCGCCGAAAGCAAUUUGAAGAAGGUGUCCUUGGAAUUGGGGGGUAAGAGCCCACUGGUGAUUUUCGAAGAUGCUGAUAUCCAACACGCUGUGAGAACGGGGAUGAGCAGCGUCUUUUUCAACAAGGGUGAGAACUGCAUAGCCGCUGGUAGGCUUUUCGUCGAGGCUACUAUCCACGAUGAUUUCGUCCGACGAGUAGUUGACGAGGUGAAGAAAAUCGUUAUUGGCGAUCCACUCAACAGGCGGACUGCCCACGGGCCGCAAAACCACAAGGCGCAUAUGGACAAACUUUUAGAAUUCGUCAAAAGAGGAGUCGAGGAGGGUGCAAAACUCGAGUGUGGUGGACGUCGCGUGGACUCUCCAGGCUGGUAUUUUCAACCGACAGUUUUCAGCAACGUCGAAGACCACAUGUUUAUAGCUAAGGAGGAGUCCUUCGGUCCGAUUAUGAUAAUUUCGAAAUUCGACUCCAAGGAUGUCGACGACGUUAUCCGAAGGGCCAACGGCACGGAAUACGGACUGGCAUCUGGUGUUCUGACGAAGGACAUCAGCAGGGCGCUCAGGGUUGCGGAAAAAAUUGAUGCUGGAACAGUUUUCAUCAAUACUUAUAACAAGACCGACGUUGCCGCGCCUUUUGGCGGCUUUAAGCAGUCUGGAUUCGGCAAAGAUCUCGGACAGGAGGCACUGAAUGAAUAUCUAAAAACAAAGACAAUCACCAUCGAAUACUAACCACGUGUCCCAUCUUUUAUACUCACACAAACAUGAUCGAAUUUAUCUCUCGUAUUUCAUCCUGUAUAUCGACUCACCGUACCUAAUCGUAAAACAAGGUCUAUUUUAUAUUUUUCAUCUUAGAGAUUUAUUAUUUAAACUGAAUUACUUUUAUAAAUAAAAUAUUUCGUCAUACGAA